CAUCCGACAUCGGCGAUGGUGUGAAAGAUCUGCGCAAGUGCGCGACCUGACCACGGCUCAAAGUGCCCCAUCGGCCAAAGGUUCCGACGCUCUUGUUUUGUUUUUACCGAGCACCUUUAUCUCCCUUCAAGCAAGCGUUGACCAGGCGCUUCGACUAGCUAGCCAGCAAGAAGGAAGAAAACCAUGGCAACCAAAGGAAAUAAGUCAAAGACCCCACGGUUCAAAGCCAGCAAUCUUUACAGGUUACUUCCUGAUGAAACCAUCCAGGGCCUGAAAGAAGGCACGGUGGAUGUGGACAGAGUUGCUAACGAGCUUGUCUACAAGCGACAGUCCAAAGCUUUUGGAGAUGCAACACAACAAGCUCUCAUUUGGCAGCGCUCGGCUGCUACGGGAUUUGCCAAGAUGGCUUUUGGAGUGAAUAGUUCUGAUAAAGUCCAAAACCAUCAAGUUAGCAUCGAUAUCGUAAGACUUGCAAGAGAGCUUUGGAUUGCAUUUGGCCAUGAAUUGGACAAAAGUCGGGUUAGCAGUAUCCUAGCAAAAUACGAUUGUGUCGUAAGAGCAUUCCAGCAGACACAUGAUUGUUUGCUUGAAAAAUGGGCUCCCCGCAUUCUCCAAAUUACGGGACAUCAUCCCGCGCACAAUUCACCUAUGUACCAAACUACUUUUGAUCAUUUUUCAUCUAUGAUGGCUCAUUUUACUAAUAUACCCGAACAUAUGGAACAACAAGCAAACAACUUCUGUGCUGAAAAAAUUUCGGCUAUGGCUGCAUGUCGUGGGGUUGCUAUUGGGUUUGACCUCAUACAGCUCAAAUGCUGGGAAUGUGGAGUUGACAACAAGGAUGUUUUCAAAUGUCAAGGCUGCGAUGCUGCAAGGUACUGCGGGUUUGAGUGCCAAAAGAAGAGCUGGAAAGAAGGGCACAAAUUGAGAUGCAAAGUGCUCAAACUCCAGCAUGCACUGUUUCAAUGCAACAGCAAGGUCAUAACCAGAGCCUUGAAAGAAGGCUCAAUUGCACCAUCAUCCACCAUUGCACCAAACCCAUCCUUUGAUUAUCAAGCCAUCUGUGAAGUGUUUCAUGCUGUGGAGGAGUUCAGUUGUAAUAAAGAUGGAUAUUCAUUAAACAGGAUUACAGCAGGAGCAUGCAUGACCGAGGUUUACAAAUGGAUUCACGACCUGGAGGAUGGUGGCAGCCACUUUGCGCUAUCUGAACAUGGUCAAGCAAACUCAUCUGAUUCCAUCAACUCUGGUGCUACGGAAGAGCCCACUGAAGCUGAAUUAGUGUAUGUAGCUUACACUAUCAUGACCAUGGCUGAGAGAUGGUACAAGGAAGAUACACUGCAUCAGUUCAAAAUGUUUCUAGGUGGCAAUUUGAUGUCAACCAAGCGUUUCCUUGAGAUAUACAAGACACACCGUGAUCGGACAUUUGAAGGCAUUCCUGCCUUGUCAUGUUGGGAUGCCUACGCCAGUCUGCUGUUCCAAGAGCUCCUUUCAGAAUACCACAAGUCGUAGCCCCAUAUUUGCAUGUGAACUCGUUGCUGUUUGACAUCUCAUGUCAUUCUUCGGAUGCAUGUACCACUACCAUAUUGAAGAAAUUGUUGUUGUUGUGGCUCUGUUGUGACAGAUCAAAGAGUGAUCUACAAGUUGUCCGUGGAUACAAAGCUUCUCAUGUCUUGCGAAAUUUGAGCUUAAGUCAUAUCUGCUUCAGUCGCUUGCUUCUUUGUUUUCAUCAUUCUGGUUGAGAGAGAAAAGAAAGAAGAGACAAUGACGUGCUGCCCUUGUUGUUGCUACCAGCACCUUGAUGCUGAAGCCGUUGGCCGUGGAUGCCCGUGCCAACUGUGAGGAUGGAUGCUUGUAGCUAUGGCAGCCCAAUUUGCGUGGAAACCCAUGAUGUGUAUGUGCACUCCUCACUGAACGGGACGCUACUUCCUUGAUGAAUCAUCUGCUGUCAUGCAUCCAUUACUGCCAUCUGCCAUCGUGAUUGUUCUGUUGAGUGACAAUAAAAAUGGGAAGACAUCAAACUGAUCAUUUUGGAUUGGCAUGCCACCACGACGCCAAUGAGGAUAUACAUAUGAUGAUGGUCAGCCUCCCAACCAACGCUAUACCGGUAGCAAGUUCCUUCUGGUCAAGCAUGGCGUCAAAUCCACUCAGUGCUGAGUUCCACAAUUGCCAUUGCUGGUACUCUACUGUACUAGCUAGCAACCCGGUCUGGUCGUCAAUCCUUGAAAAGCAGAACGGCCAUGCUACUAGCUAGCCAGCCAGGACGCAGCUAGGAGGUAGCUAGUGCUUCUGUGACAGCCAUUCCUCUUGGUUAGACCACCUACUCUGACAGUUCUUUUACCACCUGAGAGUUGUUAUUUUACCACCGCACAUCUAUGCAUACUAGUACUGGUACUACAUGGUGUGGCUGUAGCUUCCGGAACAAUUUGGAGAUUUGAUUCCUUUUUACACGCUAACCGGCUUAUUCAAGAUUUGAAGCCUUGUGCCGUGCAAAGAUCGAGACAUCGAGACACCCACCACCCAUUUUUUUUGACAACCAACAAGAAGAUCGAGGCUACCGGUAUCAUCGGAGCUCGGCAACGACCUUCUCGAU